AUGCAACAACAUGGUUUAUACGACAAAUCAGCAACUGAGAAAGAGGGAGUCAAUAACGGUAGAGGAGGUGGAGUAGCCGGCGGCAAAUACGCAAGAUCCACCGCCAGCAGUCGGUCUCGUGCACUGAAUACAGCAGACAGUGGCAUGAGCCAAUCUGGAAUAUAUGAGGCGUUUGCAGAAGCGGAUCGAUAUGAUACCAAAAAGUCGAUGAAUACCAAAAAGUAUCUGGAUACGCGAAGAAAAAGCACAACCCAAGUCGAGAUGAACAGAAGAACAAGUUUGGCUUCUUCCACAGCGUCACCAAGGCUCAACACCAUCAACACUAAAAAGUCCAACGAUUCGAUAUCCACUACAAAGAAACCUUCCACUUUGCUUCAAGGACGAAGACAAACAUUGUCAGGUGCAUUAUCCUCUGCGAAAUCCAAUGUAAAUAAUAACAGCAGCAGCGGCAACGGUGGGCUCAUCAAGUUGGCGGACACAUUACGUGAUACACUUGCAGUAGAGCGAAGGUUAGCGCAACAAGAAUUAAGGCUAUUGAAUAAUGAAAAGAAGGCAACAACAACAACAACAACAACAGCAACCCGUGUUCAACAACAACAAAAACAAAUACUAAACUCAGAACAAAAUGUUGUAGACAUGAUUACUAGCGCAAAACGUAGAUCCAGUAUGACUAAAGAGAAACUUCGUAGCUUAGAGCAACCUACAAGAAGACGCACACUAUCCAGUGGUGCUACAUUACUGACUCCUCAUCAGCAACCACCACAAAGACCGAAAUUAACUCCCCCAGGCACCACCGCAACAAAUGACACCUCGGCUGCCGGUGCUAGUUACAUGAAGCCCACAUUAGCAGAUCAGCAACGUCGACACUCAUUAGCCAAUUCGCCAUUAUCGACCACUUCAGCAAGGAAUUCGUCUUCGCCCAGACGAAGAAAGAGCAAUGCUAUACAAAAGGGUGCCGAGUCCCCUUCGUUUACCACCAGCGAAGAUGAUCGCGAAUCGUCGUCUCCCACUCUCGUCAGUAACCCGGUGUCUGCAUUAAAGAGAAGAUCGAUUUUAGCUGCAGCUACUGCUAAGGCUCGUGAAAUGCACCAAAAACAACAACAAUGUCCUGAUUUAGUAGUAGACACUGAGGAGACUAUCGCAAGCACAGCAGCAACAGCAGCAUCAGGAACAAGCAGCGGAGAUGAGAAGCCUACUGCUAUUUCCAAAGCAAUGAGAACAAGAAAAAAGUCAUUGGGCUUGGACACAGAUGCCUUAUACAACCGAAGAAUGUCCAGAACCGAAAGCUUGAAAGAGGGGCUGCCUACUUCUCCCUCCAUGAUGGCAGCGAGAAUGUCAAGGCGAAAGAGUGUGAUUAACCAGGAAUCGCCCAUUAAUCCUGCACCCCCAAACAAACGAUGGUCUAAAGAGAAUGGUAACACAACAGGAGAUGAGCAGCAGCAGCAACAACAGACGCUGAAGAAGACGGUUCGAAAACGUGGCAAGACCCUGCCAGGUAGUCUAGCCAAACCUCCCAAUGUCACUUCUGUGCAAUUGCCUCCCAUGAAGGUGGAGCCUAUCAGACUUAACAUGCCUAAAGCAAACGCAAAAAGAACACCCAAAUCGCCCUCCAUCAAAGCAACUGUCAGCACGAAUCGAAUGAUCAGCACUAAAAAGAGAAUGUCCAUGUCAUCUGCCAACACAACACCCAUACCAAUUAGCUCUUCUUCGUCGUCCUCUGCUGAAGCCAAUGUUGUAACACCACCCAAAAAAUCGCUCUCCACGAGAAGAGCCAAAGGGCAGAGCCAUUUGGGUAUCUCUACAUCGAGACGUGCAUCAUUAAAAGCGCCAUCGUCGACUACCGUCGUUACACCGCCAUUAAAAGCGUCUCCUGUUUCUGCAUCCCCGCGUGUGCGACCAAGAUCAACACGUCGUCAGAGCUUGGCUGUAUUGGACACGAAUAACAAGUCUUCGCUUCGAUCAGCAUCAUCGACGCAGCAGCAGCAACAGCAAGAGGAGCCAGAAUACCCAAGAAAGUUGAGUGGAUCCACUUAUUCUUCCAACAGCAGAAAGAACUCGCUCGCUGACGAAUCCUCCCUCGAUAAAGACAAGGGGCGCCAUCGUGCCAUUAGUCUGCGCGAAAAGCUGGAAGCCAUGGUAGCUCAGCACGCCAUUCAUGAGGAUGAUAGUAAAACCAGCCGUCGAUCGCCCAGCGCUUAUGCGACAGGAGAGUACAGGCCACGCAAGAGUCAAUGCUAUGAUGUGAACGAUAAAUACACACAGUUGCUCACAGCAGAGGAAAGAGCUCGCCCUCAACGCAUCAAGGAUACACUGAUGAUGUGGGACAAGGAAAUGGUGGAAGCCUUCAGUCCAGGUGUGCCCAAAUCACCGUCUAUUGCCAUCAAAUUUUACGGCCAUCAUCUCAGCCCUUACGAGCAAAACGAAAUCCAAGGCUACCCUGAAGUCUAUUUUGUGGGCCAUCAUGCAAAGAAAUACCAAGCUAUGCCCGACAAUGCUGCCCUGAACUAUGGCUAUGAUGAUGAACGUGGCGAUUACAAGAGUGUGACAAGCGACCAUUUAGCUUAUCGUUACGAGAUUUUGGAAGAGCUAGGCAGAGGAUCAUUCGGUCAAGUGGUGAAAUGCUAUGACCAUAAAACCGCCUCUACCGUCGCUGUGAAACUGAUACGCAACAAGAAGCGAUUCUAUGCUCAGGCAAAAACCGAAGUCAAAAUCCUCAGCGACUUGGUGAAGUGGGAUCCUGAAGACAGACACCACAAUGUCAAAAUGACAGAUAGCUUUUAUUUCAGAAACCAUCUCUGUAUUGCUUGCGAAUGCUUGAGUAUGAAUCUGUACGAGUUCAUCAAGAUCAACAACUUUCAGGGAUUUCACAUUACGUUGAUCAAACGCUUCACCAUCCAGCUGCUCCGUUCGCUGUCCUUGCUGUCCAGACAUGGUGUGAUCCAUUGUGAUCUGAAGCCAGAGAAUAUCUUGCUCAAACACCCUACCAAGAGUACCAUCAAAGUCAUUGAUUUUGGCAGCAGUUGUUUGGAGCAUCAGCGCGUAUAUACCUAUAUCCAGAGUCGAUUCUACAGAUCGCCAGAGAUCAUACUGGGUCUUGAUUAUACCAUGGCAAUUGAUAUGUGGAGUCUAGGCUGCAUCAUUGCCGAAUUGUACACUGGCGUGCCCAUCUUCCCAGGUGAGAAUGAGCAAGAGCAGCUUGCUUGUAUCAUGGAGGUGUUGGGUGUGCCUGAUCCUGAAUUGAUUCAACUAAGUGAGAGACGCAAUCUCUUUUUUGACCGUCGUGGCGAACCUCGCGUGGUGUGCAAUUCUCGCGGCAAGAAACGCAAGGCAGGAGCAAAGAGUCUCAACCAAGCUCUGCGAUGCAACGACGCACUCUUCCUUGACUUUAUCCAGCAAUGUUUGCAAUGGGAUCCUGCCAAGCGACUCAGUCCAGAAAGGGCAUUCCAGCAUGAAUGGAUCUUACAAUCGACACGUCCUACUGCAGUCAGAACCUCUCAAGAAGAGCAGCCGCAACAAACACCGCAAGUGCAUCAGGCUGAUGCCAGUGCUGUUUCGCCAAAACCAUCCACGUUGAUACAAAAAUAA